GGGGGACCUCGCCUGUCCCAAAAAUUGGUGUCUUUUUGGUCCGUAGCCAUUUUGGCUCAAGGCAAGGUUGGUUGCGCAUCAACCCUGUACAGGACCACUUCCGUAGCGGUGCACUUCGGCCACAUGUCGGCUCCCCUCCAGAGACGGGACUACCCGAUUGGCCAGCCCGACGUCCCGCAGUGGCCAGGUUCGUUGAUGAGACCCAUCAGAGCGGCCUGCGACUCUGACGACGAGUCCUCGGACAACCCCAAGCGCGUGUCAGAGGUGGCGUGCUCGGCUCAGGGUCCGUCCAGAACCUGCGCGCCCCGGACCCCCAGGGCGUCGCAGACAGUCUGCACGACUCCACCCAGUACGCCGCGUGUGCGCUCCAGGGUGCCUACAACGCCGCCGCCUCCGCAAAUCAGGGAGCGUGCGGAGCCCUUGCUGUUGGCCCUGGAGCGAAACUGCCUGAAGCAAGUGCGCCUCGCCAUCGAGGCAGACCCAGAGGCAGCCAAGGAGCCGUUCUGGGAUUUGGAAUCCACUGCCCCUCUGUUAUGAGGCCGUUGUAUAGGAGAGGGAACAGAGGACAGAGUGUUUACACAGUUUUAAGGAAUUAGUGAAUUCAUUCGGGGCGCACCCAAAAUGCGGGCGGCACGGCCGCCGAGCACAGUCAAUAUGUGUUGCAACGUUUGUGUCAUGACCCUCUCUAUACUAACAGACCCACGUUGGAAUCCAAUCUGGGAUUGCCGCUUCGAGUGGCCGCUCUGCGCCGCGGUCCGCCUCGGUUGCAGCGAGGAAGUUGUCAGGCUGCUGAUCGAGAACGGCGCGAAGGUCGACGUGACGAGCGUCGGCGGACAGUCUCCGCUCCAGCUUCUCGGUUCGGGAACGGGGAACCACUCCUUCAGCGCCCGCCCCAUCGACUUCAGGGGAAUGCCGAACACUCCGCUGGGCACCGCUGAGUGGACCGCGGGUAUGCGCCUGUCCACCGCGCAGUUCGAGCUGGACGUGGCCACGGCACUGCUGAACGCGGGCGCAGAUCCAGCGGCGGACCACGGAGCCUAGAGCUUGCACGGCGCUCCAGGAAAGACAAUUCGACCGAGCUUGCCUUACUGGGGCCCUGGAGAUGGUGUGCCGUAUCGAUUGCCGAGGCCCUCGGAUCCGACAUGGAACCGCAUGUCUACCAUUGCUGCAGCUUGAGCCAGGUUGGGGUUCGGCGCCGCGCGUGUAGCACAGGAUUGUUUUUACAGUGCCGCCUUCUCUUCCAGCGAGCGCCCAGUGAUCUCUGGAGUCGGCGAGAUGGACUCUUGCCCCCUUGGUUCCCGGUAGCGAGGUACGCUGCCCCCACGUCCGCCGAGAGCAUGGACUGUACAGAAUCCACCUCCGUGCACAGGCACGUGCGCGGGCGAAUUCGUCCCAGAUCUUCCAUGCAACCGUGACCUCCCGAACUUCCUGCCCCCCCCCUUGCCCCACCAGCCCAGCCACGCGCCAUCCUCCUGCGCCGCGCGCCCCCGCCUGCCGCGCGCGGUCACCUCCUGUCGGCGUCGAGCCUCUCGUCUGCCUUUCUCGUCCUUCCCUUCCUCGAUUUCCCCCUCCUGGACUCAUCCCAUCUCUCCCCCGCAAUCAGAGAGGAGCUGGCGCUUGGUCUCGAUUGCCUUCUGCGCCGUGCAUGCCUUCCGGAACCCGGCUGCCUGGGGCGUUGAAAGCGCCCCUGGCUGGACACGGUCUUUGAGUUUCUUGUCUCAGUCGGGCGACGAGUCGAGCGGCGGACUCGUCCCCUCCUCGGGCAAGCACACCGAUUACAGUCGUCGUUCUUCAAAGUAGCGACCGCCAGGCGGAGCGUACACCACUCCAGGCGGCUCUUAGUUCUGUGGAAUUUCCCAGAAACAGAAUUAUCGCAGCUAGUAGUUUUAGGAUGAUGAGAUGGCAUUUUUUUGAGAUGGUGGUCGUGCUUUACCCGGUACAUGGUCCUACAUCGUUAUCAAUAUAUCGGCCAAUGCACUUGUGAGCGUGUACUGGAAGUGCUGCUCUCGGUGCUUGCGCAAUUGCCAUUUCGAAGUUGCUGGACUUGUGUCAUGUGGCAGUUGUGAGCCGAAGGCAUCUCCAUUUGUUCGCUUCUUCUCCCUUCCCGAAGCCUCUGCAGAGAGAAAGCAUGACAAUCUCAAGGCUGCGUUCCCUGCUUCCUCCGUCUUUCCUCCAUCUUCCUGCAAGUGAUCUGCCACCCAGCGUGACGGCGCGUGCAUUGUUAUGCGUCGAGGCAGUUUGCUCUGCGUCGUCUUGCAUUCUUCGUUCCUUUGCACGUGCUCCGCCAGCUGGCGUGUGCAGCGCGUGCCUUCUAUGUCAAGGCA